AUGAUCAAAGUGCAUAGUGCUGGAGAUCUUACCCAUCUUCAAAGGAAAGUGAAUCAAUACAAUUUGUUAAAAACGAUUGGUAAGGGUUUUAAUUGCAAAGUUCUUUUGAUUCAAGACUCUAUAACUCGAAAGUAUUUUGCUGCUAAAAUCUUUAAAGCCAAUAGACAUAACCAGAACCAACUUCCACUUGAAAGGGAAGUUAAAAUUCUCAAAAAGAUUAAGCAUGAAAACAUAGUUAGACUCCACGAAGUGUUAUAUGUCCCACAGAAGAAUCAGUACUACAUGAUUAUGGAAUGGGGCAACUGCGGCUCUUUACAAGAUAUUAUUAAUUCUGGAAUCAACUUAUCAGAGAUGACUAUCUCUUCGAUAUUUAAACAGAUAGUUCAUGGCUUAUCAUAUCUUCAUGGUCAAGGGUUUGUUCAUCAAGACAUAAAACCUUCGAAUGUUCUUAUUUUUUCAAAUGGAGUUGCUAAAAUCGGUGAUUUCGGUAUUGGACAUUCUUUUCAGAGUGCCGAUACCGUCGUUGGCACUCCAGCUUAUCAAGCACCCGAAAUUUUUGAUGAUCGUCUUGAUGAGUUCGGCAAUUUCCCUUACAUCGAUCCUGCUAAAGAAGAUGUAUGGAGUCUUGGCGUUACAUUAUACCAAGUUGUUUUUGGAAAACUUCCAUUUUUAGGAAAUACUGUGUAUGAGAUUGUCAGAAACAUCGGCCAAAACCAGCUUGAUAUCCCACAAACAGUAUCUCCGCAACUACACGAUUUAAUUAGAGGCAUGUUAAUUCCAGAUCCAAAGAAAAGGUUAACCUUGAAGGAAAUUUCUGAGAAUCCUUUCUUCAAAAUGUCACCUGAUAAAUUCACUCCGCCUAUUAAUCCAGUUGAUCCACCUAAACCUAAUGCUCUUCUCCCAAUUUCUCAAAUGAAUGCAUCAAUAUGCGACGAUUCAUAUCAAUUCGCAUUCAAAAAUCCGAUUACUACAUCUCUUUCAUCAGAAAAUGUUCUCGAAAGUAGAUCAAUUAGUUAA